AAGAAUAUUAAAAAAAAAUUAUGUGAAAAAUUAUAAAGACCAAUUAAUACAUUUGAUGAUGAUUUAAUCAGACUGAAAAAACUUUCCAACAAAUGAAUAUAAAUCAAUUAAUGGAAGAUAUAAGACCAUCAAUAGGUGGGUUGAUUGGACUACAACAAGGUCUCAUUGAGGAGCACAACAUUACCCAAGGAAACAAUCAUCUCAGUAACCAAGAAUCUAAAUACUUUUCCCUUCAAGAUAACAGAUUGAUGGGAUUAUCCUCUCAUGAAAAUAGGCUAUUAAGCUUGUCACAUGACUUGCGAACUAAUGGAUUAUUAGAAACUAAAAUUCAUGUCCAAAGAAAAUCAAACUCUACACCGGACGAUUUUAGUAAUAUUUAUAGCUCUGUAACAGGUAGUCUUGUUGAUUCGUCUCAUCAUCACACUCCUUGUCAUACUCCACCAAAUAGACUAAUGGACCAAUCAUCUUUAUCAGAAGGUGCAUUUAAAAAGCUUAAACCCGAGCCUAGUUCAAGUACAACUCCAGUGUCCGCUGGUCUUUCAUCCCCUGGUAGCGUUAUUUCAUCACUACCUCAGCAUGGAAACCAUAUUUCAAAUUCUUGUCCAACACCAGCCAGGCGAAGACAUAGAACAACAUUUACUCAAGAACAACUUGCUGAACUUGAAGCAGCUUUUGCCAAAUCCCAUUAUCCUGAUAUAUAUUGUAGAGAAGAGCUAGCUAGAAGUACGAAACUUAAUGAAGCAAGAAUACAGGUAUGGUUUCAAAAUCGAAGAGCUAAAUACAGAAAACAAGAAAAACAACUUCAAAAAGCAUUGACACCUUCAGUAAUCCCAUCAUGUAAUGGGGUUAUGCGCAACAUACAAGGAUACAGCGUUUCGAGAGGAUACCAGCCAUAUCAUCACUCUAAUUCAAUAAAUAGAUAUUCACAGGACUUAUUUCAAAUGAGUGCUUCUACCUACCCUGGAAUGGCGCAAACUUUUUCUACCCAUAACAUGACUUCUGUUGGGAUGCGUCAAGAUUCUAUGAGUAUGACAAUGGAAGACGAAUGGUAUAACAAGAGCUUGUCUGCAUUAAGAAUGAACAGUUCUCAUCAUCCAAACCUGUCCACACCAAUGUUACAAUAUCAAACGUAAUACUUCAAAAUAAAG